CCCUCUUUACAUUUCCCCCCUCUCUUUUCUCACACAUCAAAACCCAAAAAAAUGUGGCUAGACUACACUUUCCUCUUCACUCCAUCAACAACACUCUCCCUCUUCUUCCUCCUCUUCGCCGCCGUCUUCGGCCUCUGGCUCACCCCAGGCGGCCUCGCAUGGGCCCUAUACCGGGCCCAAUCCCGGCCCACCUCCUCCAUUCCCGGCCCAUCGGGCCUCCCCCUCCUCGGCCUCGCCCUCUCCUUCACCCACCCCCUCACCCACCGCGCCCUCGCCCGCCUCUCCAACACCUUCAAAUCCAAACCCCUGAUGGCCUUCUCCGUCGGCCUCACGCGCUUCGUCAUCUCCAGCGACCGCGACACCGCCAAGCAGAUCCUCUGCAGCUCGGCCUUCGCGGACCGGCCCGUCAAGGAGUCGGCCCGGCUGCUCAUGUUCGACCGGGCCAUGGGGUUCGCCCCCUACGGGGACUACUGGAGGAGCCUGCGGAGGAUCUCCGCAGCGCACCUCUUUGGCCCGAGGCGGGUGGCCCGCCUCGGGCGCGUGAGGGGGGAGUUAGCAGGCUGGGUGGCGGCUGAGGCGGCGGCGGAGAUGGAGAGAGAGGGGGAGGUGAGAGUGAGGAGGGUUUUGCACUUGGCUUCUUUGAAUAAUGUGAUGAUGAGUGUGUUUGGGAAAAGGUAUGAUUUUGGAGAGAAUGGGGAAGGGUUGGAGUUGGAGGGUUUGGUUAGGGAAGGGUAUGAGUUGCUUAGUGUGUUUAAUUGGAGUGAUCAUUUUGCAUACGUGGGGCUUUUUGAUUGGCAGAGGAUCAGAAAGAGGAGUUUUCGGUUGGUCGAAAAGGUUAAUGUUUUUGUCGGAAAAAUUGUGGAGAAGCAUAGGGUUAAAAGGGCUAAUCAAGUGGGAUUUGGGGGUGAUGAUGAUGAUGAUGAUUUUGUUGAUGUUUUGCUUGAUUUGGAGAAGGAGACCAAACUAUCUGAUUCGGACAUGAUUGCAGUUCUUUGGGAAAUGAUCUUUAGAGGGACUGAUACUGUGGCAAUCCUAUUAGAAUGGAUUCUUGCAAGAAUGAUUCUUCAUCCUGAAAUUCAAGCCAAGGCACAAAAUGAGAUAGACAAUGCAAUUGGGCUCAACACAACGGUGGCUGAUUCCGACCUCCCAAACCUACCUUACAUCCAAGCCAUAGUGAAGGAGACCCUUAGGUUGCACCCCCCGGGCCCCCUCCUCUCAUGGGCCCGCCUCGCCAUCCACGACACCCAAGUGGGCCCCCACUUUGUGCCCGCAGGCACGACCGCCAUGGUCAACAUGUGGGCCAUCACUCACGACGAGGGAGUAUGGCCUGAGCCCGAAAGGUUCAGGCCUGAGAGGUUCCUGGAGGAUGACGUUGCCAUCAUGGGAUCCGAUCUCAGGCUUGCACCAUUCGGGUCCGGGAGGAGGGUGUGCCCCGGUAAGUCAAUGGGCCUUGCCACGGUCCAACUCUGGCUAGCCCACUUGCUUCAUAAGUUCAAGUGGACUGCUUGUCCUAGUGGUGGAGUGGAUUUAUCGGAAUGUCUGAAAUUGUCCAUGGAAAUGAAGCAACCACUAGUUUGCAAAGCUAUUCCCAGGAUAUCUUGAAGACAAUCAAGGCUUCCAAGAUUUGAUUUCUUGCCAUGAUUUUCGAGUUCUGUAUGGAGGAGGAGAUCAAGAGUGUUCAUAUAAGCCUAACUUAAAAUAAUGAUAAUUAUUAGAUGGAGUAUUAUGCAACCAGGUAGACGUUUGUAGUUUAUUGUAUUAGGUAUUUGUUUGAUCUAUUAAUAUCCUAAGAAGUGUGAGCUAGUAUGUUUAGUUGUUAUCACAUUAAGAAUCUUUAAAUAUUGUGUGCCUUUUUUCAGUAUAUUUAUGAACUAUUCUUACCUAAA